UGUCGGUAACAACAUUUUAAUAUAAAUACUACAUACUUACUUGUAUGGGUAUAAUAAUUGCCCUUUGGUCAUUACACGUUUAUUUUUAUAUCAUGGUUUUGUGUUUAUGAAGAACUUCACUUAUCAUAAUCUAUACAUCGUCCGUUAAAACAGCUAUUAAUUAAAAUUCUCGAUUCUGUUUUGUAUGUAUAUAUAUAUAUAUAUAUAUAUAUUAAAAUAAAACCUAAUAUUAUUUGAUGUUAUCGCGAAAUGAGUGUAGAGUACAAGAAACGACAACAUUUUUAGAGGAUAUGCGACCCGUUAACGUUGCAACAGUGUCGACGCGAUGCGUUCAAUAUUUAAAUAUACAAUUUACAAAUAGUGCGUUUAUAAAAUUUGGUUCAACUAACGUUUCUUUAGUUUUUUUAUAUUUUACAAUUUAAUUGUUUUAGCAAUGAGACCUUACGGGCAUCCGAUUCUUCCAAGUCUAUUCUGCAUUUACGCCGUUCUAACUGGAAGCAUUUUGAGCGCACAGAAUACACCGGAUAGACGGCUUAGUUGCUCGAUUGAUACAUAUCAGUGUUUGGACGGUGUGUGUAUAGAUUCAACAUUAACCUGCGACGGAGUCCCGGAAUGUCCAGAUAACUCGGAUGAGACCGAAAAUCUUUGCUCCACACUAAUACCAACUUGUCCAAGUUAUGCAUUUCGGUGCAAAUAUGGCGCAUGCAUCGACCGAAACUUUAAGUGUGAUGGAAAACGGGAUUGCAUCGACGGAUCCGAUGAAAAUCUACCUGAAUGUAAAGGACACGUUACUACUGGAAGUGGUUCUAAUUGCCCUUCUGACCAUUUUAAAUGCAAAUCUGGCGAAUGUAUUGAUAGCACGUCUACUUGUGAUGGAACAAAGGAAUGUAAAGACGGAUCAGACGAGACACACGAUCUUUGCAAACAAAAUAAAUGUCCAAGUUUUUUGUUUAAAUGUAAAUAUGGCGCAUGCGUGACUAAGGAUAGUAAAUGCAAUGGUGUGAAAAAUUGCGCUGAUGGUUCAGACGAGGACCAAUGUCACACUGUAACCACUGUCGUGACUCCUAUCCACAAACCUUCACAAACUCGUCCUCCAACACAUCCUUCAACACAUCCUCCAUCUUAUCCUCCAUCCAACAAACCCACUCCAGCCCCACUUCCACCAAUCAAAAACAAAAAAUGCACCGUUCCCAAUGCAGAAGGAAGUGUAUACACGUAUUCUAAUAAUAACCAAACUUUAUUAUCACCUGGUACAAAAGUAAAUCAAUAUGAUUUUAUUUUGGAAAAUUGUAAAGCUAACUAUUACCAAGCUGGACCUGCAAGAGUUAGGGGGUGUAUGGAUAACGAAGUUUGGACUCCGGUUUUUACCGAUAUAUUAUGUUUGAAAAUGUGUUCUCCUAUGAUGUCAGAUAGUCUGAAUCUCUUAUGCACGUUUAAUGGUGACAUUACUUCUUGUUCAAAACCGUCACAACCAGGUACAAAACUAAAACCAUCAUGUAAGCCAACUCAUAGUCUUCCAAACGCGCAGGACGAGACACCAAUUGAACUCACUUGCCAGCAAGAUGGCCAAUGGAGUGGUCAAUUAUACAAAUGCGUUCCAGAUUGCGGCAGAUUAUUUAUCAAUAGUAUGCCAUUAAUUUCAAACGGCAAUCUUACUCGCUAUGGAGAGGCACCAUGGAAUACUGGCGUUUAUAGAGCGAACACUAAUAAUAGUUUUGAUUUGAUUUGCGGCGCAUCAUUAAUAUCUCCUAAUCUAGCCGUUUCUGCUGCUCAUUGUUUUUGGCAAGAUGGUCAAACAGAGAAAAUAAUCGAAAACAAAGGUCUUUAUAAAGUAGCCGUCGGAAAAUUCACGAGAGGCAUUGAUAUCAAAGACAAUGAAUUCACCCAGAUUGUUGACGUAGAAAGAAUACAUAUUGAAAGCAAGUAUUAUGGUUCUUCGGGGUUCCACGCCGAAGACAUAGCUGUCAUUGUUCUACCAAUUAAAGUGACAAUUAGCAUUGCCGUUUCUCCGGUUUGCGUCGAUUGGAAGGUCAGAUAUUCGGAACAAAACGGAGCAACGGGAUUGAUAGUCGGUUGGGGAAAAACAGAAAAUGCCGUACUGAGCUCUAAAUUGCUGCAAGCAAAAUUGCCGUACAUCGAUCAUAUGACGUGUCGAAAUAUGUACACAAAUGGAUUUGAGCUUUUCGUGACGAGCGAUAAAUUUUGUGCUGGAUCAAAAAUAGGGCAAGGAGUUCACGAAGGAGAUAGUGGCGCAGGUCUAACAUUCGUACACAGUAAUUUAUAUUAUUUGGCCGGAGUUGUUAGUGUAAAGGAUCCAAACACAAACGAUUCAAUUGCAGUUUUUACUGAUGUCGGCCAACAUGUCUCAUGGCUUCGUAAUAUUUAUCUGAAUUAUUCGAAUGACAACAUUUCGAGAACAAUAAAAUUGCUUCAUUAAUUAUUAUAAUUUUAGUAUUUCUUAUUAUACAGUUAAUUUUUUAAAUAUUUGGCAUUAAUUCAACAUUUCAUAUUUCUAUAUACAUCACUACAUGUCUAUAGUACUUAUUAAAAAUAUUUAAUCCA